AUGGUGAUAUCCACGUUUUUUGUUUGUUUAAAAUGUAGUAAUAUUUCUGUUGACCUGUACAAAGACUUCGACUAUAUAGGGGAUACGAUAACAAUUAACUCAAUUUUUGAGUUGAAGCAAAAUGUGGUCCAUAGAGGUGAAUUACAAGGCAUUCUGAUUGAAAACCAAAAUGUUCCAGUAUUACCAAAUAACUUUUUGAAUGGAAUCAGUGUAAGAGAACUCUCAAUUACUAAAUCCCAAGUAAGAGAUGUUGAACCUGGUGCAUUAGAUAUGGCUUCUGUCGUUAACCUAAUAUUGAAUGAUAACCAAAUUGCAAGAAUAAGAAAAGGUAUAUUUAACAAAAAAUCAUUUAGUUCACUUAAUUUAAACAAUAACAAUAUAUCCCAUAUAGAAGAUGACGCAUUUCAAGGUGCAAAUAUCGAAAAACUGAGCUUGGAUGGUAACAAGAUGACAAAAUUGACUUCAAAAAUGUUUACCCGUUCGCAUAUAGCAGUUAUUUCGCUACAAUCGAACGGAAUAAGUAACAUAGAGGAUGGUACCUUUGCUAAAAUCGAUAACUUGAGGGAAUUAAUUCUAAAUGACAACCAACUGGAGGUUAUUGGAAACGUCUUUCGGAACUUGACAAAUUUACACGAUUUGUACUUGAAACAAAACCAAAUUAAGACACUUGAACCUGGAUGUUUUGACGGUUCUGGGAUCUACUACCUUUAUCUUGGAAGUAACCAACUGACUCAUAUUGCAAAAGGUGUGUUUUAUAAAGUACCUCUCGUCAUAUUGCAUGUUAGUGAUAAUAGAAUUUCAAAAAUUGAUAAAGGUGCUUUAGCCGGUAUUUCAACGCUGAAAUAUGUUCACUUACAUAAUAACAAUCUUGGAGAUUUAAAGCUGUCUACUCUUGACUUCCUCAAUACUCCUUUAAACUAUCUAGUUCUGAGUGAUAACUGCAUUUCAAAUAUUGAUAUUGGUGUGUUUAAAAAUAGUAAAAUAGAUGACUUGGACCUAAGCAGAAACCAGAUAAAAUCGAUUAAAAAAAAGCUUUUCCAAAAUGUUAUAAUUCACACCAUUAACUUGAGUGAAAAUGAAAUUAGCGAAAUAGAAGAAGAUGCUUUUGACGAUAUCGAGGAUUUAAGUAGCAUAGAUGUGAGCUUGAACAAACUUAAAGAAGUUAAGAAGAGGAUGUUCAGUCUACCAUUGGAUAAAGUUAAUUUGGAAGGUAAUGUAAUAACUUACAUCGAUAGUGAUGCCCUCAAUGGUCUUCCGCUGUCACAUCUUCAGAUAAAAAAUAAUCAUAUUGCUACCAACAACAACGCUUAA